GGUCAUCCUGCUCACCCCGCGGAGUGAUAUUACUAAAGUCCAUCAUGGCGGCCUUCAGUAAAAGUUUAAAACCGACUUCGGUUUUGAGGGCGAACUGCUACGAAAUAGGACAUACCUGGCAGCCGUCAUGUACCAGGGCUAUCUUAGACAUACUGCUUGGCGGCGUAGUGGAGUCUGUCAAGAUCUACGCACCGGUUUAUGUGCUGACAGGUCUUGCCAGGAGAAGGAGUAUACGGUACUGGCUGCACAGGUUUGUUCCUGAACUCCUACAGUCCGCUGUGUUCCUGGGAACCAACGCUGGGGCUUUCAUCGGCUCUUUCUGUCUCCUCAACCAGCUGACAGGGCAUUGCUACUGGCACAAUGGUGUUGUAUGUGGCACAGCUGGCUCCUUACUGGCCAUUUCUAUAGAGCGAAAGGACAGGAGGGGCCUCCUAGCUGUAUACAUGUUUAAUGUGGCCUUGGAAACCCUAUGUAACAUGGCAGUCGCUCGUGGGCUUAUAACUCCUCGGAAACAUAUUGAGGUUUUACUGUUCAGUUUUACAGCUGCUGGAUAUGCCUAUCUCUAUAGAUGUUUUGGUGGGCUCAGUGGUAUUUUCUUACAAGCUGUCAGGUUCCUGCUGGGUACUGAGGAGGCAGGCAGACCAGGUGAUAGCAGAAGCCUGGAGACUGAGGCUAAAACACCUGAUGCCAGGAGCCUGGAGAGCAAGGCUAAGACACCUGCAGUGCAGUCUGCAAAACACAGUGCCUGGAAACAAAACCUUACAGUUUUAAGGAUACUAAGACUGUUGAAAGCUGCCCUGGUACAAAGGCACGCUCUGUGUCUACAUAAACACAGCUGUGCGAGGUACUGUCUGCAGGGUUUUGUGCGGAUGUUUGGUGUGGGCUAUGCUGUCCAGGCUGCUGUCCGUGUGCUGUCCUCCCUCCAGGCCAGCAUCAGGUCCCCCCGCCGCCUGCUGUCCUGUAUCAUCAACAGGAACAACCUCAGUCUGGCUGCCUUCUUAGGAGGGUUUGUUGGGAUCUUUAAGUUUGUCAGCUGUUUUCUGCGUUGGCUCAGGGAUCAAGAUUCAGAACUUCAUGCCCUACCAGCAGGUUUCCUUGCAGGGCUGUGUAUGUUUUUCUACCCCAGUUGGACCAUUUCCCUGUACCUCACCCUGAAACUUGGAGAGCUCCUGUACAUGAAGGGAAUUGAAGCAGGCCAUCUCCCCUGUAUAACCCAUGCAGACUCACUGCUGUUUGCCGUAUCAACAGCAGUAGUUCUCCAUGCAGCAGUAAUGGAGCCUCAUAACGUCAAGCCAUCCUACUGGACAUUCUUACAGAGGCUGACUAGAAAACGAUUUGGGAUGAUGAACAGGAGAGCCCUGGAUGCCUACGGUACUCGAGCUUCCCAGCUGAUGCCUGACUUCAAACCACAGCUAGAUCCUCAGUACUGUCUCAUGAAGCAUGAGUAGUUAGGUUUAUUACACUCAUUGCUUUUGUCUUAGAUUGUUUUAUGCGAUGAAUGUUUGCCAGGCAUCGCUACCAACCAAAAAAGGAGGUCUCUGAUGAGUGAAGAGUGACCUUUUGCAAAUGUUUCUCAUUGGUUAUACAAAUGAGGUCCUCAUUUGGUUAGCCUUACGGUGACAAAAACCAUUCCCCUAUUGCAGCCAAGUUACACUAGAAGGUUGAUGCUAACACCUCUGUUAAAAUCAAGACAAGUCGGCAACAUCUUGAUCCUGUUGAUUUAUACAAACAUGUACCAAUUACUGUCAGACUGGGAACUGUCUGUUACUGUGGUGCUGGAGGCUGUGAUAAGUGACAGAGAAUAUGAGAAAGGGGCACCAUUGAGCCAUGAAUAAUGAGUUGGUGUUUUAUAGACUAAAUUGUACAAUACAAUGGCUUAAUCAUUAUGGACUGAGAAAAAAAUGGUGUGUGUCUGAUUACCCAACCGAACCAAACAAACCUGCCUUUGGUUGACCGCUAGAGCUGACAAGGGUCAUAAACUUUUCAAUCUGACAUCUGAGAGAUGAAAAUAGUGCAGAAUUUCUUUCCAACAUGUUCUCAUUUAUGUUAAAAGAAAAAAAAAACUGUGCUUGUGCAGUGUUUAUGUAUAAUCUUGGAUUAUGUUGAAAAUACCAGUAUCCUGAUGCAUUUCAGUUUUAUAUUGUUGAACAGUAAAAGUGGGAUCACUUUUUUUUAGCCAAAAUUAAAAAAAAAACAGACAAGAAAGAAAAGAGAGAAUCUAAAAAACCUACCCUUUUUUUAGUAGAAUAAUCUGAAACACAACAUUUUUUUACCGGCCUAAGUUUGAUAUACAGUAUGGCAUCGUUAUGUUACUGACAAGCUUUACCACUUGGCAGUGUACUAGUCUAAGGUAAGAUUCAGACUGUCUGAAGCUGAUUGUGGAAUUUCAAUGUUCAGAAAUGCUGCUAGUGUAGCUUUCCAUCUGCCCAAAUGUCGACUAAUAUAGUAUAACUAUAUCUUGAAUAAUAUAUUUUUCAGUGGCAAGUGCUACCAAUGCUGAUUGUAAUAAAAGCAAAUUUCAUAUUUCAAAGUUUAUUUGGUAGAUCACAUUGCAUGUUUUUGUACCAUGCAGUACUCUACAAAAAUGUGUUAAGAGAAUUAAAUUCUGAACUUAACUGUUCUUAUCUUUUGA